AUGGGUACUUUACCUCUUAUAGUUAUUGUUCUAUUCGGUUUGUUAGUUUAUUAUAAUGUACGAAAUUUAAGUUAUCGAACAGUUCCAUUGGUUCGACGUGAAUUAGAUAAACAAUUAACACAAAUGGUACUCAUUCAAGUUAUCCACAAUGUCUUCGUUUUAACACCAUUUGUAAUUGUUACUCUUAUAGUCGUUAACUACCAAUCUAAUGAGCUAACUAAUUUUUUCCCAAUUCUUGCUAUUGAUAUACAUAAUUUUUAUUUUGCAAGCCCAUUCUAUAUAUACAUGUGUGUAUCAAAACGAUUUCGUCAACAGUUUAUUCAUGUAUUUUGUAACAUUCAUUUCAAUCGACUUCGACAACAAAUCUUAAAUAAUAAUCGAGUAUUACCUCAAUCGACGAACUCAUCAAUCAACACAAUGCAGAAAUGA